AUGGCGACUAAAAGACUGCUCGUUUCAGAAGUUCUCUGGUAUUUUCUUGAAAAUAGUGAAAAUUUUGACAAAGUAAAUUUUCAAAAUUUAGUUUCUGAUUUUUUUUCACAUGAAGAAUUAUCAGCUGCAAAAAAAAUUCUGAUUAAUGAAAUUGAAAAUCUUAAAAAAGAGAAAAAAGAGAAAUUGUUCAAUAAAUCCAGAGGUAACACUAAAAUUGAUAAAACUUUAGAUGUUAUUGAUUUAUUAAAAUUUAUUUUGGAAAAUGAAAUGGCUCAGCUUCUGCCAACUUUUGUAAUUCUUAAUAUUAAAAGAAUUCCAAAUAAUCCGUUAACUAAUUUAACGGACUUAUUCAUAAAAAACGAAAAAAUUGAAAAUAAAAUAAACCAAUUGUUGGACACAAAUAAAAAUGUUCUAAACAAGUUGACAGCUGCAUUGACAUGUACAAACAACAUUUCAACAAGUUCAGAUAAAACGUACAACAACAACAAUAUCCACCUGAACGACAGCAAAGAAAUAACAAAUACUCCGAUUAUAAAUCCUAAAAUUUCUUGGGUUAACAAGAUGAAAAAUGAAACACAAUCAGAUGACAGUCAAAUUGUCGGCUCACAAGCAGAUGAUUCUUUUUUUACUGCUUCCAAACAAAUAAUAAAGAAAAAAAUUUUUUACGUGGGCAACGUUGACCUUCCAAACAGCACCAUGAUUGUGAAACACUGCGAGAGCAAAGGCAUCAAGGUCAUCACAUGUCUCCCUGUCUCGAAGAAAAAUGACACAGACGAUCCUCCAAGCUUUACAUCAUUCAGAUUGUGCGUACCAGCGGCGGAAUUCAACAAGGUGAUGUCGCCUUCAAACUGGCCCAGCUCCGUACUAAUCCGUGAAUGA